UAAUAAUGGCCGGUAUAAUUUCUAGUAGUGUAGUAUAACGGAUCAAGAACCAGGUUGGGUUGCUUCUGAGGUGACUGCGCAUGAGAUGCAGAGGGAGUGCUCGAAGGCUCAGAAUUCGAGAGAGCACAGCCCACCGUGGCCGUAUUCUCUCUCACAGCAUCUUCUCCCCACUUCAAAGAACCACUGCCACCCCCAAUCCAAAAGUGAGUGGGCGCGCGCCUUUCUCUUCAUCGCACGACCCUGUCAUUACUAAAUGACCCCCUCCCGGCACACGUUCGCCAUUUUUCAAAAUCUCAAGGCCCUUAUCGUCUUUUCUCCUCACCCUUCAUCUCCUUUAAUUAAUUGCGCCCACCUCCCCCUUUUAAAGAACCACAAAAGCGGGAGUCUCCGAGCACUCCCCCACCCUGCGGCAAAGCGGAAUGUGAAAAUGGAGGCUUCUCUGUGACGUUAUCACUCUUCUCUGACACCCCGUCUGCAUCAGGAACCUCCACCCGCCACCAUGACGACGGGCAUCGGCCACGACCAGAACCUAGAAAAACAGUUUCACAAGCAAAUGGGCUGCAUGGCUGGCUUCCUUCAGAUCUUCGAUCGCCACCAGAUACUCACCGGCAAGCGCAUCUACUCCGCCAAGCGGCUUCCCCCCUCCGAUGUGGCGAAUUCGUCACCGGAACCGCUUCACUUUGUUAGCUCCCCAGCGAAAUGCAGAGAAGUGGAGACCCAGCCGCCGAGAUCAGCACCGUCGCCGGACCGUGGGAAACAGAGUCCCUCCAGGGAGCCCCGGUCUCCAGCGCCCGAAUCUCAAACCAACGUGCCCCUUCCUCUUCCCGUUUUUGAAUUCAAGGAAGGCACGAGGUCUUCUUGGAAGUUCGCCAGAGAAGCUCCCAGGCUAUCCUUGGACAGCAGAGCAGUAGUGGACGCCAAGGGCACCCUACACCCGAGGGGGAUCCGAACGAGUUCUACAAUGUUAUCGUCCGAUCGAUGUGAGAAUCCAGCUGACGCUGCGGAGAGUGAUAGCGAGAAACAGCGUCGAUCGACUAGCGUGAUAGCCAGGCUCAUGGGGCUGGAAUCUUUACCGGAUUCGGAUCCUGAACCGGUCAAGAAUGCUGAACUCCGAAGAUCCGCUUCUGAGUCCAGAGUUAGCAGAGAUCUGUUCCAGCAUCGUUACUUUGACAGUAACAAUAUUCAGCGAAAGCAGUUACAGCUGCAGUCAAACAGUCAGGUUAACAUUUCCAGCAAUGUAGCCAGGGACCAUGCAGCAGCCAUCGACAAUCGUCGUGUAUACAAUAUCAGACCGGCAGAUCCAAAAGAAUUUGCUGUACGAAAUGGCAAGACAGAGCCUGCAAAAACUCCUCCUAGGGGAAUAGGACAAAAGAAGGGUUUCUUUGAUUCCGCUGACUUUUUCCCCGAGCCAAAGCACACUGUAUCAAUCUACGGGGAGAUUGAGAAGAGGUUGAAGAUGAGGGGAAUUGAUGAACCAUCUAAGGAUCUCGAGACUCUCAAGCAUAUCCUCGAGGCUCUGCAGCUCAAAGGUCUGUUACAUUCCAAGAAAUCCUCAUCACAAGCCAACCAGAAGAACUUCGUGUUUGACGGCAGCAUCUCAGCGAAUGAAUCCCCGAUUGUUGUGAUGAAGCCAGCAAGAUCUCCGUCUUCAUGGAAUCGACCUGGAAGGGUCGGUUGUGACUCUCCGCCCUCGAGCUUUCGAUCGAGUCCUCGAGCUCGAGGUAACAUGAAUCUUGGCAACGAGACUCUUCCCACAGUGAGUCCGACGCGUGAAAGGCCAGAGUUGAAUUGGACUGCACGAAAUCAGCCCAGAGUCAGAAACUUGAGCUUGCCCACUCGCAGCGAAAGCAGUGUGAAGAGCCCAAGCCGGAGUAGGCUUAUGAACAUGGAGGAACAGAGGAAAGGGAAUGACUCUGUUAGUCAGAGAAGAAUCUGUCCAGUUCAUUCCCCAAAACUAGGUAGCAGAAGGAAUGUACCCCAUCGGCAAGUGACGACGAAUCGAUCGCCGAGAAUGAGAAAACCGGCGGCUGAGAUAUACGUGAAGGAGAAGGAGUUGAGUGUAGCAGAGGAUGAAUCAUCCACUAUUUCGGAGAGCAGCAUUAGCACGUCUUCGCAGACAGAUACAGAGAGAUGCAAGUUGGAGGAGCACAAGGAAGGGAGAAUUCUAUUGGAGAGGUGUGACAAGUUGCUGCACAGCAUAGCCGAAAUAACAGCGAGCGAGUUGCAGCCAAGUCCAGUCUCAGUGCUGGACUCGUCUUUUGACAAGGACGAGUGUUCAUCACCAUCUCCAGUCAUGAAGCGGUGCAUUGAUUACAGAGAACAACCGGUGGAGUCGGAGGAGGACAUGUGGAGUGCAGCAAUAGGUUUCUUAGGAGGAGCCAAAUCGGAGGAGACAUCCGAGGAUUACGACUUUGUUUACGUAUCGGAAAUCCUGCGAGCAUCCAAUUACUUCCCCGAAGACAGCGACAUUUUCUUAUUACUGGAGAAGCAGCAGUAUCUCAAGGGGAAGGACACCUCCAAAGCAUCUACGCUUCAAAGAAGACUGAUCUUCGACACCAUACACGAAAUCCUGAAGCGGAGCAAACAACUACCACCGUGGAAGGCAAUUUCGUGGAUCCGACAGAGGCCAUUGUUGGCGAGAAUAUGGUCGGAGUUCCGGCAGAUCCGAAGGGAGAAGAGGAACGAGGACAUGAACGGAUGGGAAGAUUGCCCCGUGGAGAUGGGCGAGGCUGUUCUGGACAUCGAACGUCUCGUGUUCAAGGAUCUCAUCGGCGAAACCAUACGAGACCUCGCCCAAUCGUCUAACAGGCUCUCGGCCCUCCGUAGGAAAUUGGUCUUUUGAAAUCCAAUUAGGAAUGCCAGGGAAUGAAGAAAGCUAGACCCCAGAAAAAAGGGGGAAACGAGGAACAAAGAGAGAGAGAUGAAGAAAAGGGUCGAUUUUGGGUUGCGUAGCACCUUUACCUCUGCCUAAUCAUUUUUUAUCCCUUUUUUAGAGAAGGAAUUAGGAAUCUGGAAGCUGAAAUCUAGGCAAAUCGAAGGAUGAGUAUUUUAUUUGGGUAUAAAUAAAGGUGGCAUUUACUGUAAAUGCAAAAAAAGGCUUCUGGGAGAAUUACUUCCAACACCAACAGGACAUGAACCUGAUCAUGAAAAAAAGUGGCAUUUACUGUUUUCCAUGA